GGCCGGCCGCGCUUCAGCACCCGCCGAGCCGGACAGCGCCUGCUGCAUGGAGCUGCCCGCUGCGGCCGGGGACACGGUCCGGGGUCCUGCCGCCGCCGCCGCCGCCGCCCUCGUCUCCUUCCCUGGGGGCCCCGGGGAGCUGGAACUGGCGUUAGAGGAGGAGCUGGCGCUGCUGGCGGCCGGGGAGCGGCCGUCCGAUCCCGGGGAGCAUCCUGAGGCCGAGCCCGGACCUCCGGCCGAGGGGACCGGUCCGCAGCCGCCUCCUGCCCAGGACCCUGAGCUGCUGUCAGUGAUCAGGCAGAAGGAGAAAGAUCUGGUGUUGGCCGCCCGGCUGGGCAAGGCGCUGCUUGAGAGGAAUCAGGACAUGAGCAGGCAGUAUGAGCAGAUGCACAAGGAGCUGACCGACAAGCUGGAGCACUUAGAACAAGAAAAACAUGAACUAAGAAGACGAUUUGAGAACAGAGAAGGGGAGUGGGAAGGCCGAGUGUCUGAGCUGGAGAGUGAUGUGAAACAGCUACAAGAUGAAUUGGAGAGGCAGCAGGUUCAUCUUCGGGAGGCAGAUCGAGAAAAAACACGGGCUGUCCAGGAACUGUCAGAACAGAACCAAAGGUUACUAGAUCAACUCAGCAGGGCGUCAGAAGUUGAGAGACAACUCUCCAUGCAAGUCCAUGCCCUCAGAGAAGACUUUCGGGAGAAAAACUCAUCAACCAACCAGCACAUUAUCCGGCUCGAAAGCCUUCAGGCUGAGAUCAAGAUGCUGUCGGAUCGGAAACGGGAGCUGGAGCAUCGUCUCAGCGCUACCUUAGAAGAAAAUGACCUGCUACAAGGGACUGUGGAAGAGCUGCAGGACCGAGUGCUGAUCCUAGAGAGGCAAGGCCAUGACAAAGACCUACAGCUGCACCAGAGCCAGCUGGAGCUCCAGGAGGUGCGGCUCUCCUACCGGCAGCUGCAGGGAAAGGUGGAAGAACUCACUGAGGAAAGGAGUCUGCAGAGCUCUGCUGCCACCAGCACAUCCCUCCUGUCAGAGAUAGAGCAGAGCAUGGAGGCCGAGGAGCUGGAGCAAGAGAGAGAGCAGUUGAGACUGCAGCUCUGGGAAGCCUACUGCCAGGUGCGCUAUCUCUGCGCACACCUUCGAGGGAGUGACAGUGCUGACUCAGCGGUGUCCACAGACUCCUCCAUGGACGAAUCUUCAGAAACCUCAUCCGCCAAGGAUGUCCCAGCUGGUAGCUUGCGCACUGCCCUCAAUGAGCUCAAGAGACUGAUACAGAGCAUUGUGGAUGGCAUGGAGCCCACGGUGACACUGCUGAGUGUGGAGAUGACUGCACUAAAAGAGGAGAGGGAUCGACUUCGAGUGACAUCUGAAGACAAAGAGCCAAAGGAGCAGCUUCAGAAGGCCAUUAGGGACCGAGAUGAGGCCAUCGCAAAGAAGAACGCUGUGGAGCUGGAACUCGCCAAGUGCAAGAUGGACAUGAUGUCUCUGAACAGCCAGCUGCUGGAUGCCAUUCAGCAAAAACUGAACCUCUCACAGCAGCUUGAGGCUUGGCAGGAUGACAUGCACAGGGUCAUUGACCGGCAGCUGAUGGACACGCACCUGAAGGAACGGAGCCUGCCUGCUGCUGCCUUCUCCAGGGUGCACAGCAUGGGACGGGGGGCCGAGCCCAGCACCACGGAAGGCAAACGGCUCUUCUCAUUCUUCAGGAAAAUUUAGGUUGGGAGGAGCCGGGCCCAGGGGACGAGUGGACACUGGAGGCGGCUGCAAAGGCAGUGUGAGCGAGGGCCUCCCCCGUGGCCUGAGCUGGGCACCGCACUGCCCACCACACUCGGGCCGUGAGUCUGGGAGCACUUGCUCCUUUUGGUCAGGUGGAGACCAAGAGGUAGACGCCUAUCUUGACCUCUGAAAAUUGGUCUCAACAGAGGGAUAGGUGGGAACCCUGUCCCCAUUGCCCAGACAAGCCUCAGCCUAGGUUUCCCCAGGAUCCUGUUAUUGAGCAGGCCUCAGGCCACCUCCCAGAGUAGCCCCUUGGUUGCUGAUCACAGCCCACCCCUCAGGCACUGCUGCCUCCUGUUUUAGAAAACAGGACAGAAGAAAUGGAGGCCUUCGACUGCAUGCCUCAGGAGGCCUGAGCCCCAGGGACCUCGUCCUGCAAGACAGCAGGCCCAGGCCUAAGCCUCCAUUCCUGCCCAGCCACUGGCUCAGAGUUAAGGGGAGGUACCGCCCCUCACCCAGUGCAUGCACUUCUGCUGGACCCUCAGUGGGCAGGAGGCCCAGCCUGCGGCUGUGGGGCCUGAGAGCUACAGUGUCUCCAAGCUCUGCUGAGAGCAUCCUGAGCCCCAGGGAGGAAGGAGGGUCCAGUCUCCUGGCUGCCACCACUCUCCUCUCCAGCCUCCCAAAGAGCAUCCCUUAACCCUUACAAGGCCUGGCCCAGGGUUCUUGCUGGUCUUCUACAGGCUUUAGCCAUCCGGCCCUUUCCCUUCAUGGGGCCAGGCCUGGGAGGGGGCUCAUUUUCCUCCCACAGCCCCCUCCCCCUUCAGAUACAAUUUCUUGGUCCAGCCUAGCAGGUCCAGGCCACAUAAUGGCCGCAGAGUGCCACCACAAAGGCAGCGCUGGCACCACAUGGUGGAUGGGGGAAAGCUACUGGGAGCCUCUGGAUACUGCCCACCAGGCCUGCAGAGGGACAAGGCCUGCAGCCUGCUGCUUCUGCUGCUUCCACAGCAGCCACCCCACAUCUCUGCUGAGGCCCCGACUCAGAGGCUCCGCGGGCCCAGCCAAGCCCGUAGCUGCUUACCACUGAUUCAGCCUCCCUCAUGGGGGAUAAGCACAGCAGGGAUGAGCGGAAAGAAUGUACCUAUAGAUAUGUACAUAUCACAGUGCUGUAAUUUUGUAUGUAGCAAUCAUGUAAAUACAUGUAUGGAUUUUAUAAUAUACAUAUAUAAAUCUAUAAAGGCAUAUUUUUAGAAAACAGCACACCACUGCUUCUUUUGAAAAUAGUCUGAAUAAGAAUAAAAUUAAUUUCUACAGAG